AUGUCGGUUUUGCGUCCCCCGCGAGAGGGUAUUACUCUGGAGUACCUCUUCAGGCCCGCCCAUCGUGUGUUGCUGCAGCCAUUGGUACCCGCAUCCCUACUUCUGCUGCAGCUGAAAUACCCUGGGGUCUUUCAGAGGGCUCUUUCGCUCAUUGGAACGAGUGUCGUUCAAUCCAAAUUCAUCAACCCAGCGCUCGUGGGACUGCUCACGUUGGGCAUAUUGGAUAGACUGAACACAUACCUCAGCCGACAAGUGCUCAACAACUUCGUGAGAGACAAGUCAUGGGACUGGGAUCGCGAGAUCCUUCUGAUCACUGGGGGCUGUUCCGGCAUUGGGGAAGAGAUGGUUCGACAGUUUGCCGAGCGGAACAUCAAAGUCGUCAUUCUCGACGUUAACCACCCCAAAGCGCCACUCCCUGCCUGUGCCACUUUCUACAAAACUGAUGUGACCUCAUCGCAAGAUAUUCGAGAUGUCGCUGUGAAGAUCCGCAAAGACAUUGGGCACCCAACAGUGCUUGUCAACAAUGCCGGAGUCGCGAAUGGGAAAACCAUCCUUGACGAAACCGAGGAGGAGCUCCAACGCACCUUCGAUGUCAAUAUCCUUGCCCAUUUCAAAAUGAUUCAGGAGUUCUUGCCGGAUAUGAUUAAGAAAAACCAUGGCCAUGUGGUCACGAUUGCGAGCAUGUCGAGCUUUGCCACGUGGGCUGGCGUUACCAGCUACGCUGCAACCAAAGCAGCAGCACUUGCGUUCCAUGAAGGACUGGCGCAAGAGCUGAGGGCAAGAUAUCGUGCUGCCAAAGUCCGCACAACGAUCGUGCAUCCCGUGUGGGUACGGACGCCCCUUUCCCACGGCUUGGUCAAGAGAAUGGCUUCCAACCAACUUCUGCUAGAACCCGGCACGGUGGCAGAAGCAGUUGUCUCGCAGGUGCUUAAGUGUGAGGGCAACCAGCUUAUACUGCCAGCCCGGUUUAACUUUGUGCCAUUCAUGAGAGGCUGGCCGAGCUGGUUGCAAGAAAUUGCCCGGAGUGAUGGUGCACAAGUCAUCCAGAGUCACAACUGA